UUGAUAACUCGGACAGGCAUAAGUGGUUCACCUGGUCGUCACAAGAAGCAGUCAUGUCGUCCAAGCGUGUAGCCGUGGUGACGGGAGCCAACAAGGGGGUGGGGUUUGGUGUUGUCCGGGCGCUGUGCAAACAGUUUGACGGUGACGUGAUACUUACAGCUCGAGAUGUUGACCGGGGUCAGCAGGCCGUCACUGACCUCAACCAGGAGGGACUCCGGCCUCGCUUCCACCAACUGGACAUCACUGACACCGACAGCGUGGACGCCCUCGCGACGUUCCUGAAGGACAACUACGGCGGACUGGACUUCCUGGUCAAUAACGCCGCCAUUGCUUACAAGGCCAAGUCACCCGCGUCAUUCUCGGAGCAGGCACUGGAGUCUGUCAGAUGCAACUUUACCGGGACACUCAGCGUCACCAGGGCACUCACGCCCCUCCUUCGACCUCACGCCAGGGUCGUAAUAGUAUCCAGCGAGGCUUCUAAGAGGGCGGUGGACAAAUGUUCUUCCGAACGACAGGCGCAGUUCCGAGAUCCGAGCUUGACCAUGGAAGGAUUACAGUCACUGAUGGCGGAGUUUGUACAGGACACUGCCGCGGGAACUCAUGAACAACGGGGCUGGCCGAACACCGCUUAUGGAGUGUCAAAGAUCGGCGAGACAGUGAUGGCGUUUAUACUCACGCGAGAACUUGCCGCAGACUCGCGAGAGGAUAUAAUUGUCAAUGCUUGUUGCCCUGGUCACGUAGACACAGACAUGUCCAGUCACUUGGGGCCGCUGACCAUUGACCAAGGCGCCGACACGCCGGUCUUCUUAGCUCUGCUACCCCCCGGUGCGGAGACACCAAAGGGACAGUUCUGUCGUCUCAAAAAGGCCGAGGACUGGUGACAUGGAACCAGGAAGUAGUAAACCACUGUCGUGACUUCACCCAGCCACUGCAGAAAAAUAUGUGCUCGGCAAACACUUGGCGGAGGAUAUUUUUCAUAAUGUCAUAAUAGUAUUUCCACCAAAAAUAGACUGUGCACUGAGGUUAUGGCGAUUUUGUCUAAAGACAGGGAGAACUCACGCUGAAGGCGGAUUUCAUGUGUUACUGGUUUGUGAACAGGAUUCCAUAUUGAAAUAUGUAUAUAUCCAAAUAUGUUGGAUCAUUAUGUUUGCAUUCCUUUAAUGCAGUCAGGUCAUCUGAAAAAUAUAAGGUGCUAUGUAAUACCUCUACGUAUUUGUAUAAAGUGAAAAAAUAAGAAAUGCACUGACAAUAAUAUUGCAUGAUGACUUAUCGACUAGUUGCCUUUAUACUGAAAUAGAUGUGUCUGUAUGUUCAAAUUUCGUUUCAAUAAAU